AUGUCAGGCCAAAGUAUCACGGACCGCAUAGCGGCGGCGCAGCACAGCGUCACGGGCUCGGCCGUGGCCAAGGCGGUGUGCAAGGCGACCACGCACGAAGUCAUGGGCCCCAAGAAGAAGCACCUCGACUACCUGACGGCAUGCACCAACGAGAUCAACGUGAGCAUCCCGCAGCUGGCCGACACGCUGUUCGAGCGCGCCGUCAACAGCAGCUGGGUGGUGGUGUUCAAAGCGCUCGUCACCACGCACCACCUCAUGUGCUACGGGAACGAGCGCUUCAUCCAGUACCUGGCCUCCAGGAACACCCUGUUCAACCUGGCCAACUACGUGGACAAGAGCGGCGUCCAAGGUUACGACAUGUCUACGUUCAUCCGGAGGUACAGCAAGUACCUGAACGAGAAGGCCUACUCCUACAGGCAGAUGGCUUUUGACUUCACACGGAUAAAGCGCGGGGUGGAGGGCGUGAUGAGGACCAUGAACACGGAGAAGCUGCUGAAGACGCUGCCCAUCGUGCAGAGCCAGCUCGACGCUCUGCUCGACUUUGAGGUGACGCCCAACGACCUGACGAACGGGGUCAUCAACUCGGCCUUCAUGCUGCUCUUCAAGGACCUCAUCCGUCUCUUCGCCUGCUACAACGACGGCAUCAUCAACCUCCUCGAGAAGUACUUUGAGAUGAACAAGAAGAAUUGUAAAGAGGCGCUGGACCUGUACAAGAAAUUCCUCACGCGCAUGACACGCGUCUCAGAGUUCCUCAAGGUGGCCGAGUGCGUCGGCAUCGACAAGGGCGACAUCCCCGACCUAACGCAGGCUCCCAGCAGCCUCCUGGACGCCCUUGAGCAACACCUGGCCUCGCUCGAGGGAAAGAAGACCAAGGACGUACCUAUGACCGCCAGCAGCCGCAGCACGAGCCUCUCGACGGCCGUGUCGGCGUUGUCCACCACGGGGAUGUCGCUGAGCCGCGUGGACGAGCAGGAGAGGCGGGCGGCGCUGGACGAGGAGCAGGCACGGCUCAACGCCCUCAAGCGCUUGCGGGAGCUGGGUGGUGGCGGUGGCGGUGGCGGCGGCGGCGGCGGCGGCGGCGGUGGCGGCAGCGGCAAGCAGAGCUCUCCAGCGUCGAGUGGAACGUCGCCCAACUCCACGCCCGUGCGCAGCAACACGGCGCCGCCCUCCACCGACCUCUUCUCCUCCACGCCGCCCUCCACGCAGACGGGAGGCUCCAGCGAUCUCUUCGGGCUGCAGCCGAACUUUGGGGGAGGUGUGCAGGGCACAGGGGUCCCUCCCGGAGCGCCCAGCCCCUGGACAGACGUGUUCGGGUCGCCGUUUCGCACCGCUAGGCCCGAAGACUUUCCCACUUCCAUUAGCCUUUACUCGUACGAUGCGGCGUGCGGCGCUGAUGCUCCGUGCGUGUCGUCGCGAGAGCACUACGCGGUGUCGAGCGCGGCUCCCGCCACCUACUCCGCUCCGUUGCCUCCGGCCCCCUCCUCUCUCAAUCCCUUCUUGGGGUUCGGCGGGUCGUUCGUCCCCACGGCCGUGUCGCCGGUGUCCGCGGCGGCGCCCGGCGGCCUGCACACCGACUUCGACGCCGUCUUCGGGAACAAGAGCGCGGCGAACAAGGACACGCUGGACUCGAGCGGUGUCGUGAUGCUAGGCGACAUCCUGCAGCCCAUGGUGGUGACGCCCGCGCAGUCGUCGGCGCCCACGUCCUCGCAGCAGGCGGCCAUCCUGGCCCCCAACGACCUCGACUCGUCGCUCGCAAACCUCGUCGGCAACUUAGCCAUGAACCCUGCAGGGAAAAAGGAGCACCAGUGGACCCCCGCGGGUGAGAAGAAGCUCACGGGCGGACACAACUGGCAGCCGCGCAUGACGGCCCCCGCCACCUGGGCCCAGUCUGUGCCUGCUGCCCCCUCACAGAACGGAUGGGGCGUCGCGCCGUAUGGUGCCGCGACGAUGGCGUACCCGACGGCGGUGAGCCAGCCGCUGCCCACGUACGGAAUGAUGGGUGUGCCGAUGGUGGGAGUGCCGGUCAUGGGCCAGCAGCCCAUGUUGUUCGCUCAGCCCGGAGUCCGGCCGACCAACCCCUUCGGGCCCGUGCCUGGGACGCAACAGUUUCCCGUCUCCCUGUCCCAGACGUCUCUGUGCCACCCCCAGCAGCCCCCCGCACGGGAGCCCCCCCCCUCAUCCUCGUCCUCCUCAGGCCUCUCCGUCCAGGAUUUCUUAUAACGAGCCCUCGCCACAGAUGCAGUUCAUGUGACGUGAGGACGAAGUGCCAGCGCAGGCCGACUCAGGAGGAGGGCGCAGGCGCCUGGGCGAGGAAGGGGGGGGGCCCCCCCACACACAGGACCCGUUCCCCCCCCCCCCCCCCCACCGCGAGCCCCCCACGAGCCCCCCUCCCCCCCACUACGGUGCGCACACCACCCAACCCGAGCCGUCCGCCCCCACCCUCCACCUCCACGAGGCCUGGGCCGCGUUACGUUCUGCAUUCCCGUUAUUACGUAUUUUAUUUUUUUCUUUUGCAUAUUUUUUUUCCACAUCUUUUACAAAGUUUGAAUCAAAAAAAUAUAUAUAUGUACGUGUGUGAGUGCGAGUGCGUGUGUGCGCGCAUAUAUAUAAAUAAUUACAGUGACGAAUACAAGUGAAACAACGGUCAGAGCAGCAGUAGCAGCAAGAAAAAACGUGUGCAUUAUAAAAUAAUUGAUGGAAAAAAAAACACCCCACACGCAAAGCGGAAAUCAUAUUACUUCUAUAUACAUUUACAAAGUGUACAAAACCCUCAAGAGAUUAGCAGGACCGCCCUGCCGUGUUCCGGUGCCCGCGGCUCGGAGGUGACCUUGCGCCUCCUGCGAGAGAGUCGCCCACCCAUGCCGGGGCCGCCCCGCUCUCCACCGACGUCCACCGCCCGCCUCGCCGGGGACGGGGACGACGCCGUGGACCGCGCCGCGAGAUUUCACGCGGCGCGUCUCGCUCUUCCGCCCUCGCCGCCCUUGCCGCCACCCCUCGCUACCUCCGCAAACUUCGCAAACUUCUCCACCCUCGCCACCCCCGCCACCCUUGUCGCCACCCUCACGACCUCCGCAACCCCUCUCCGUCACCCUCGCCACCCCGUCGCCCCUCGCAUCCGCGUGGAUGGAUGCAUUGUGGCGGCAGUGGGUGAUGAGGCCACGAUCCGUUGUUGUACUGUACUUCUGUGCUGUCGAGUCUAUGCUGUCCCCUGCCCUUCACCAGCCCGCACUGACCAGGGUGGUGAAGAAGUACGGUGAUUGUGACUGCCCACUCCCCACCACCGUGACCGGCACGGAAAAGGCCCCGAUGCAGCAGGGGAUGUUCACGCUACCUAGAAUACCCACACCCGUACGACAAUACGGGUCACUUGAGACCUAAGCACUGUGCUCGGGCGUCGACUGUGCCAGCCGCUGGCGGGGUCUGGCAGAAGGGAAGGGGGAUCGGUGGCGAGGCGUGGGCAGCGCCAGCGGCGUUGGCCGUGGUGAGAGCUCAGGUGCGCGUCCCCAGCCGCCACCCAGCUCGUCCGUGACCCCAGAUAUCGGGUCUCGAACUUGUCGCUACCGCCCGUGGUGGGCGUCACUUGGCAAAUUGUAACCUCUGCGUGUUGCCAAUGACGGCGAGUUACGUGACAACCACGUGAAUCGAGUGGGGUCAUCCAAUAAUUGAAGCUUUGGCCGCCGUAUAAAUAAAUUGGCCUCGCAAAACGUCGUUUGCGACCUCAGUUGGUACCAAUGUCUGCUGUGUGGCCCAUGGACUCGGAGCGGGAUGCCUCCGAUUGGGGAGGGGACACGCAGGCGACGGUGGGUAGGGGGUCACUUAAGUUCAUCAUGGGGGGCGGGGGGUGGGUAGAGGCCCCCUGUGGUUUUCCCAUAGCAUCACCACUGCCCUCCACCACAACCACCACUGGUCCCGAAUCAAACCUCGCUUGUACUUUUACCGCCACAUUUAGGCUGGAGAGCAUCCCUUUUUAACAAAAACAAAAAAAAUGCGUGUUUAAACGGUGCUGGAUAUGCUGCUUGCGGUCGGCACCCGGCGCGCUCCCUCCGGCACCGGCGUGAGAAUUGGAAUCGGCGUGGCCACCCACACCGAGAUUCUAGCCCACCACCACCGAGGUGGUUCAGGUUCGAACAUUCGGACGGCACGAGAGCCGGCGGCCUCUGCUGCUUUGUACGGCGACGGAGGCUGCGGCUCUGCGUGGUUUUAUUUUUUUCACAAUCAAAAUCUUGAUUUGGACUAUGAGAAUCCGAUGAGCUGAACGAAGCUUUUUUUUUCACAAAAUGUCAAGUCGGGAUCAAAUCGGGGGUGUGGGGGGGGGGCGCUGGCGUGGGAAGGAAAGUCACGGCAGGUGGUAACGCAAACUUGGCGGUGAAAUCCCCUCUGCGCCGAUUUAACGUGCGGGCUUUGCGAAUCGCCGAAAAGGCGCCGGACCGUUGAGUUUGUCCGCUGACGAAGUCUUCGACAGGGUCCCUGGCCCUCCGCCGCACGGUGAACGUCGCGCAGGGACGCGGUUUCCUGCGCGUAGUAAAAAAAACAAACGCGUGGCGGAAUAGAAUUUUGGGACGAGCGUAUGCGGCCGAUUUUAUUUUGUUCGGUCGAUUACCGCAAUGAUGGAAGAGCAGCGCCCCCCCCCCCUCCUCCUCCUCCCUGGAGUCCCGCACGUGACGGCCGGGGGCGUCGCGGCCCGCCGCUCGGGGGCCCCUCGACCAUCAUCUUGCCGCUCCGCGACCGGUCUCGGGGUUUCUGACGCCGUUCGCCGGUUGUGUUGUCAGGCGGUUUCCCCGCGUGCCGCGGACGGCGUUUGCGCCGCCGCUCUGUGAUAAACGGGUCGGCUGCCAGGUAUGUAAACAUGUUUACGCGUGCGAUUGGGCCUCCUCGCUCGUGGUGUCAUUGAGCAGGUGGUGUGGUGGAGAGGUGGGUGGGAGCCGUGGGAGCGGGGGUGCUGGCUGGUGUGGUGGUGCGGGGGUGGGGGGGGGGGGGCUGCACUCGCUCUGUGUUUUGAGCUGCGUCUCAUCGGAUGUCGCGUUCCCCGCUUCUUUUCCCCCACCCCACCAAACGAUUUGGCAUCUCCGGCGUUGCUCAACGUGUCGUGGGAACGUGCCCAGAUUCGCAGGUCGAGAUUAGACGAAGCCACGAUGGUGGCGGGGGGGGGGUUAUCGUUAAUCGUGGGCGCCGAUCAGUCAUCUCAGUCGGUCAACCCAUGGGCACCCUCUGGCGGCUGUCCCCGUGACCUCCCUGACGGCCAGCGAGCCUUCGACACCUCCACGUGGCCUCGGGAGCGUUCGCCUGGCCCCUGGCACUGCCGCCGUGGUGGCAUCGCCGUGGCUUCUGUGGCGAAUUGGCGGCUGUUGGCAUCGGUGGCUGCGGCCUUGGAAGACUGAUCACGGCUGGCCCCGUGUUGACAGAUCCAAAGGAAUUGUUUCCCCCCCCCCCCCCUUACGAUCGGGGAGGGGAGGUGUGGGCUCGGGCGUGUGAGGUCCCUGGUGUUCUCCGGCAUUUCCACCACCCCCCCCCCCCCCCGACUCGCCGCCGCGCUCUUCGUUCUUCGCCGUUCUGUUAAACAAACAAAAAGGGUGCCUUAGUUUGGCUCUCCGAGCACGAGGCAUUACCGCUGGUCAAAGAAUGAGAGUGUGAAAGCGAGAGUGGCUCAUGGUGUGGGUGCGUGCAUCAAUAAGCGGAAUGUGGGGUGCAGUGGCGAGCGACAUCCAAAUCGGUGCCGACUCUGCCGGUCGGUAAGACUCGCCCGUUAAUUCGUCGCUGGCGUGCUGUGUAAAACAUCAGCAAAUUGGGGAGACAAAGGCGGCCGGGGCAUUGUUCAGGACACAGCCACCACCUCGUGCUUCUGCCCCCCCCCCCCCCCCCCGGCCUUUCGUAUGUACUGGCCAAUAGCACUUGGAGCUCUAAGGCUAUGUACGGGCGAUCUUUGUCCCCUGUACUGGUAGUGAGUGGCAAGGGUGCGUGCUGUAAGGGGGAGAGAGCGCGUGUCAGAGCUGCCCGCACCUUCUCCCUCUGCUAGGUUAGUUGCCAUUGGAACUCACCCUGGGCACGUGGGGGUUUUGAACUCGGGGAAAUCGGUUCGGGCGGUCGGAAAGAAGGCGGCGGGGUUGACGCGUUUGUUAAAUCUAUAAACCUUGACCUCCUCCUGCUUCGGUGGGUGGUGGCGGAUGGUGAGGGGGUGGGUGAAGAGGCCUUCCACCCACUGCGACCCCCGUCCCUGCGCGAGCCGUCAACCCUCGAGCCGGCCCUGGGUGGCAGGGGGGGUGGUGGCGCGCCAAGCCCCCUCGUGAAGUGGGUUUAAUUGUUGGUCGAUCCCGAGUUCAGAAAGUAUUACCGGGGGGGGGGGUGGUGGUGGUGGCGCCAAAUCGUGACCUCGAAGCCGCGCGGCGCUGCCGGCCGAGCGAGCAACCCCCCGGCUCCUCGACCCCGGCCUCGUCGAGGCCGCGCGUGCAACAGCGCAGCUGCGUGAAUUCACCCAUUAUUAUAUAACGACAGUGCUACAGCGUCUGCGAUCGUUACGAUGUUGACGAAUUCCCCCAUCCCACUCUUAUCCCCCCCCCCCUUGCCGUGCCACGUGGUGUUCAGCCGGCGCCGUUGAUCGGUGCAGUGCAGCAGUAGUCACGUUUUGAACACCCCACGGCGAUGGUCACCCCCCCCCCCCCCGUGACAGCGUCUAGUGACGCUGCCGAGAGGCGCAAUCCUGGACAUUGUUUUUGUACCCCCCCCCCCCCCCAAAAUCCCAUUCUUUUGGCGUCCCCUUAACCCACACCCGACGCUCGUUGGCACCUCGGCAGCUCGCGGGAUAGAGAGGCUGGUCCGCUUGGUGCUCCCUGGGUCUUCAUUGUGACCGGCAGUGGAGAAGGAACGGACUGGUUUCGCCCGCUUCCUGUGGACCACGCGGGAGAGAUGGGGGGGGGGGGACCCCCGGCUGAAGAGGAGCCUGAAUAAUUCCUCACGGAGAGAUGCUUCUGGGUGAUGGAGGGAUGUAGGUGGCUGGGCGUGGUGGGACGAUUCGUGUGUGAGCUGCCCCAACUUAAUUCCCUCGCUGUGGAAUUGGCCGCCUGCUCCAAAAUGUUUUGGUGUCUUUUCGUGUUGUUUUGUUUUAAAGCCCCCCCCCCCUCCCCGGUUUUGUUAUUUUUGUUGAAUAAUGUUACAGUUGAUUACAUUUCGCAAAUUGGAAAAGCCCCCCGCCGAGGAGGGAAUCCCGAUGAUGCUUUGUAAGGAUUGCUUUUUUUACGGAGCCAUUUGGAGUUAUGUUUCUGCGAUCAAUUUAUGAUUCUCUGUCAUUGAUGAAUUGUACAAUCUCGCUUUCUCUCGCUCUCUUGUUAUGAAACGGCUGCGCUGCGUGUGGCGAGUCCACCAGAUUCCCUCCCUGCGCCCACGAGAGACUCCCAACCCACCUCGUUCCAUCGCCCAUCUCGAAUCCACCUCGGUCCCCCGAGCACUUCACAGGCCAAACUCUCGAGACGUUUUAACAAACAAACAAACAAAAAAACCCAAACACAGUGGUAAACCCACUUUAGGGCCAUGGUCACAGUCCCCACAGCCUGAUAAAGUUGGUAUCAAUUGCCCACAACCCAAAUCCAGUCCAUCUCGACACGAAAUUUGGUAUCUAGGGAAUGUUUUUAGCCGUGACUCUUAACUCCGACCCAGUUCAACACUCGUCUAACCCAGGUUUAAGGCCUCCCCGCUCCCGAUUUUGACCCAGUCCAACUGUUGGCUCAACUGGUUUAGGGCUAUGACUGUAGUCUCGUACUUGAUCCCUAACCCAGGCUUAAAUCCAUCCGGGUUUAGAGCCGUGACUAACGCAUUACAACUGGACGUGAGGUCAGUUUGAGGCUUGUAGUCGUAGCUUGGGGUCACGUGUCGUAUUAAACGCCUUAGAAAGAAAAGCAUCCCCUCCCGCCACUGAACUCGCCUUUAGCAACCCGAGCCCCCUACGAGCCCCCUACGAGCCCCCUAACUCAGACCGAGAGCCCCAUUUUAGUCACCAGACCUUUUGGUCAAAUUGCGAUCGGGGGUUACCGGGGUGAACCUCUCGGGUGGGAGGGGGGGGGAGACACGGGGAGGGUGGUUGGUGAGCUCAGUCCACGCCGCAGUGUGGCUGCCACGGGUGUCCCCCAGUGUUCCACAUUUUAUUUUUUUCUGGGGACAUCAGCGUCCAUCAGGGGGAGCCUCGCCCCCCCCCCCCCCCUUUGUAAAUGUGUUCAUAAUUGUCGAUCCCCCUCUUUGUUGUCAUCGGCGGGCUGUGCUGGCUCAUUUAAGGCGUGUUCCAGUUCCAUUGUUUUUGUUUGUAACGGCUCUCGAUGUUCAAGUCUCUGUCGAGCGCUAAAGUCAAGAUGUGUGCAUUGACCUGCAACGCCGCGUUCCGUGAGCGGUGAUUUUGUGGGGGGGGAGGGGGGGAGGCCUCCAAUUUUAAUUCCGAUUUGGGCGAUCAGCGUGGCGUCGUGAGAUGAAUUUCCUUAAGGACCCUGUCUGCCGCUGUAAUGCGGACCGCCCUCUGCGUCAAGAGAACCGCACCGACGGAAGUUGACCUAAGAGAACUACUUCGGAAGCAAGUCGCCUCGCUUAUCCACACGAGGGGGGGGGGGUGGUUGUGGGGCCACGCGGGUUUUUUGUGUUAAUGCCACGAAAAGAGUACGUCGUCGCAUGCCAAGUCUAACCGAAAUGUUUAAUUCUCAGAUUUAUAAUUUGCCGAAUUAAAUGAAAACCAAAUUUAACGUGGUGGAUUUGUUUGUUUUUUUUUGUCUACUUACCGGGGCUGAGACCAUCAUCACUUUGCUCCCUUGAGGAAGGGGGGAUCCUGCUUUAAUGCCGGGGCGGCGGCUGUAACCCGGGGUCGAACCCCGGGGUCGAACCCCCCCAACGGGGUCUCGGCGAUGCCGCCUCGGGGUCUCUCGACCCCACCGAGCCCACGUUGCCAGCUCCUCCCCCCAGUCGGCGGUGCCGUACGGACCCGGUCGUCUCCACGUUUGUGCGGCUUUGCCAAUCUCCACCGCUCGCUGACGUUGGCACUCGCACGGUUUUGAGCAGCGUCGGAAGCCAACUGGAAAACGCCUUAACUAUUCAUCCAGUUCGAUCCUAUCACGGGGGUGGGGCAGCUCGAAGAGCCCUCCGUGUGUCUAUCCGUGUGUGUCUCUGUAUAUCUCUCCGUUGCUCUCUAUCAGUGGGCUGGAUCAGCCCCCCCCCCCUUUUGCGGGGUGGCCUGUUGACGCUUUAAGGCGCGCGUUUGAGAUGGAAAUAAAAAGGCGCCUUCUGGCUGAACCCAA